CAUUUUUAUUGGUGCAUAGCAGACCAGUCAGCGAGCUGAGGUUAUCUUAUCAUUUUGAAAGUAUAUUUGUUUGUUGUAAAGCAGUUUACCAUAAGAUCAUAACGCUUCAAAGUCAACAAGUUUCAAUAUUUCAACUGCUGGAGUAGGAAUCCUCUGUCUUCAACUUUAAAUGGAAUCGAUCCCAGAGAGUCAGCUUGAAGAAUACUACGAGGCCUUUCGCUAUUUUGAUAAGGACAACAGUGGUUGCAUCACGACCAAAGGGCUAGGAACACUGAUGAAGUCACUUGGUGAAAACCCCACAGAAAAUGAAAUACAACGUAUUAUCAACACCGUGGAUAUUGAUGGAAAUGGUGUGAUGGACUUUAAGGAAUUCGUGAACCUCAUGCUGACAAAAAAUCAACAUGGAAUGGAAGUCUGCGAAGCUAAAGAAGCCUUUAAAAUCUUCGACAGAGAUGAUCGAGGGUUCAUUCUUACGUCGGAGCUUCGGCAAGCGUUUGCUACGUUGGAGGAGGACAUUUCUGAAAGCGAGCUGGAUGAAAUUUUGGAGGACAAAUGUCAAUCAGGAAACAGAAAAAUAUCUUUUGAAGAGUUCAAGAAGAUGAUGCGGAUAGGAGGCUCGGAGGAAAAUGCGAAAAAGAACUCAUUUACAAUUUAUGCUUUCAGCAAGUAAAAGUAACAAUCUCUU